UAAAAUCGGAGAUGAUCAUCACCAACUACCGUGCUCGACGGGAUCCGAAUAGUGGAUGCUACCUAUAUGCCGGUGCCUUGUUGUCCUGAGCUCUGAAACAGGUCCGUGUAGAACAAAACGCCUCAUUGUCACCGUUGGUGCGCCACUUGGUCCCAAGUUAAACUGUUGCCUAAGCCUGUUGCGUGCGAUGCUCACUCUGUACCUAGGCCAAGCCUCUAAACUGUUGAAAAGAGGAUUUUCCCUCACCGCUCAUGUCUCCCUGAACUCUUCUCAUCAAAUUUGGAGUCGGAUUGUAUGACAAUGAACCCCCCCGAGACAACCGGCCGGCGGGCCAAUUCAUCCUGCGCCGAAUGCAGACGUCGCCGAGUCAAAUGCGAAGGCCAGACCUUUCCCUGCCGGCAAUGCGUCUACUACCUCGUCCCACAUCUCUGCCAUUAUCCUGCAAGGAAAAAGAGACACAAUGUAUCUAUAAAAUCUCACGCCGAACUGACCGAUAGUUACGCCAAGGCCCGGAAAGUCAUCGAAUCGUUGUUCCCCUCGAGUUCACUCGAUGAGCUCUCCUGCAUGACCCGUCAGCAGUUGCUGAUACGACUGCAAGCUUCCAAAGUACCUCCGUCUGUUACUGAGACUGAACCGCAGGAUCAUCUGCAGGUUUUGGAACCGUCGGUGGAACAGAACUUUACUUGGGAUGAAGUAUCUGAGACCGAAAGCGAAACGUCGCGUGUGGCAGACGACGUCAACGGACUAGCCUUCUCACGACAAUCGCUCAACGCCUCAUAUUUGGGUAUAUCAUCGGUCCCUACCAUUCUGAAAGUCAUCGCCCAUCUUUCUCCUCAUGUACAGCAACGAGUUCCCAAGGGUCCUGAAGCUUGGCGGAGUCCAUCAAGCCUGGCUGCUAGUCCAGGCGACAUAGCUUGCAUGCAAGUGGAUGAAAUACCGCUUAUAAACGCCUACUUCAGCCACGUGCAUCCUGUCAUUCCAAUGGUAGACGAAGCCGACUUUCGUCAGCGCUAUCUCCAAUCCAAUACGGAAGACGAGGAAGCUGGGCCAUGGCUCGCGUUGAUGAACAUGGUGCUCGCUAUGGGCUCAAUGGCAUCAGACUCAAUCCAAUUCAGCGCGCACAACCCUUUUUACAAGCGAGCUCUACCUCAUCUCAACAUCAACUCUUUUGGUUCCGGGCAUCUCUACAUGGUGCAAGCAUUGGCUCUGUAUAGUGGUAUGGUUCUUCACUUUCUCAACAAGCCGAAUAUGGCAGUUGCUGUCAUGGGAGCAACACUACAGAUGGCCGUCGCCAUGGGCUUGCAUAGAGUACAGGCUUCGCAAGCGCCUACAAACACAGCUUUCCAUCCCGCUAAUGGCUCGACUGCCACACGGAUACGUACUUGGUGGUCUAUUCUGUGUCUAGAUACGUGGGCUUCGUCUACUUUGGGCCGUCCAAGUCACGGAUACUGGGACCCAGCUAUAACGUUGACUUCACCUAUGUCAGCCCUCCAAGAUCUGGAUUACGGAACGAUAUCCCUCGCCGCUAGUGAAAUGUUCUGUAGGAUCGCCACACGUGUGCAACAGCGACUCGCCCGUUUACCUUUAAUAAGCCCCGACGAAGUUGAAGAAUUCGAUCGCGAACUUAUUGCCUGGAAAGACUCGUUACAUAUGUUCCUAGCUCACCGUGAGCAGUGUCCGCCAAGCAUCAAUACUGCACGGGCGAUUCUUUGGUGGCGAUGGAUCACGACUCGACUUACGCUCUACCGUCCCGGGUUAUUAAUCACAGCACUGCGUCAGAAGCCAUGGGGACAAGAGAAUACCCGUGAAGCGAGCCAUGCCCGAAAAUGUAUACAGAUCGCCAAAGAAGGAGUUGAUCUAAUGGCGCUGGAUUGGGUUUCGAACCAGUUCGUUUGCUGGAAUAGUGCUUGGAACCUCUUUCAGGUGUCCUUAGUCCUCGUUCUGGGUCUGAUGACGGACAAACAAGAAGCAGGUAACUUAAAGUGCUAUGAAUCAGUCUGCCAGGCAAUUGAGCUAUUUGCCCUGAUGGAGCCGCUUGACGCUGGUUGCACUCGCAGUCGAAAGCUUCUUCAAGGACUGUUGGAUAACACGAAGGGCGCGGAGGAAAACACUGCUUUCCCGACACCUGAAGGGCUAGAUAAUUUUAUACUUGACUAUGUCGGUACAGAUCUAGUCUGGGAAGAUGUGGAUUGGUUAGGGUACCUUUAGGAUGAAUACCAGCUCAGAGAAUGGGGGAACCUUGACAAGUAUCAUUGAGCGAUGGAGAUCUAGGCCUCAUAUUGCCAUUCAAUAUUUACUGAUCUACAGUGUAAACGCUAUAUACACGAAAAAAAGACUCUUCAAGAGCUUAGGCCCUUGACAGUAGCACCAGUAAUGCUAAUAGUAUAAUCAAGACCCUUUGAAACCUCA